AUGUGGCAUUCUAGAUUCCAUUAUGAACAAGCAUGGGAUGAUGAUGAAGAGUGCAAAUCCAUGGUUAAAGAUUGUUGGACAGUUGGAAGGCCAAAUCAGUUGCUUGCCCAUUUGGUUGGGAGUUUUGAUAGAUGUGGACAAAAACUUGCUGGUUGGAAUCAAACAAAGCAGAAGCUUACAAAACAGAAAGUGAAGAAUCUUAAAGCUCAAGUGGAAUCCCUUUCUUCAUCCACCGAACCCCAAAAUUGGAAGCUUUUAUCUAGGGUGGAAAGGGAAUUGAAUUGUCAUCUUGCCAAGGAGGAAGCCUUUUGGCGUCAACGUAGUCGGGCUCUAUGGUGCAAAAAUGGUGACCAAAACACAAAAGUUUUGUCAUCAGCAAGCAUCUAA